AUGGUGAAGUUUUUGAAACCAAACAAGGCCGUAAUAAUCUUACAGGGGCGUUACACCGGAAGGAAGGCCGUCAUCAUCCGUUCCUUCGACGAGGGCACCCGAGAUCAUCCGUACAGUCACUGCUUGGUCGCUGGGAUCGCCAAGUACCCGAAGAAGGUCAUUCGCAAGGACUCUACGAAGAAGACGGAGAAGAAGUCUCGAGUGAAAGCCUUUGUGAAGCUUGUGAAUUACAGUCACAUAAUGCCCACUCGGUACACCCAUGAUGUCGAUCUCAAGGACGUCGUUACCCUCGACACACUCCAAUCUCGGGACUAG